AAACCCUAACUCAGUCGCACUAAAACCCUCGCGCCUUUCCUCUCCUCCACAAAAGCCCCCUUCAACUUAGAAAUGGCUAUGAACUCCGUGCUCCGUCGCGUAUCCUCAUCAGUAUUGCCCCUAGCAUUUCGCGCCAUGGCAUCUCCUAGAACCUUCCACUGCGCUGCCUCUGCUGUUCGUGCGUCUGGACUUACUCAUCGUCUCAUUGAAAGAAUCCUUCUCCCCUCUGUGCGCCUGGCUAAUUCAUUUGCUACAAAGACGAGUGCUGAUGAAAAUCUGCUUCGAGUCCUUGAUACGGAGAUUCAAUGUGCCGAGGAGGAGGAUCAUGAAAUGGAGGACGUGCCAAAUGAUUUUCCAUUUUCAAUCGAAGACAAUCCUGGUGAGAGAACCGUAUUCCUUAAGAGGCAAUAUGAGGAUGAAACCAUCACAGUGCAAGUUGACGUCCCUAACGUAGCAGCUGAGGAAGAUGAGGAUGAGGAUGAGGGUGGUGAUCAGGAGGAGAAUCGUGAUGAAUCUAGCAUUCCUUUAGUUGUUAAUAUUUCCAAAAGAAGCGGGGUCACUCUGGAGUUUGGUAUUACUGCAUUUCCUGAUGAGAUUUCCAUCGAUAGUUUGUCCAUAAAACAGUCAGAAGAAUCAGAAGACCAGCUUGCAUAUGAGGGACCUGAGUUCCAUGAUUUGGAUGAAAAUUUGCAAAAGGCUUUCCACAAGUAUCUUGAGAUACGAGGGAUCAAGCCCAGCACAACGAACUUUUUGCAUGAAUAUAUGGUCAACAAAGACAGCAAAGAAUACUCAAUGUGGCUGAAGAACCUGAGGAAAUUUAUUGAGACAUGAUUUAGAAGAAUAUUUUUUUAUUACAGGUUAUUUUAUUUAUGAGUGGUAAGAGCCCUCGGGUGUUCAGGACUUAUUCAUAACCGUUGUUCUCUUGUUAUGAUAAAAAGUGCUGGAGUAGAUUAGGGAUUUUGAACAACUGUUUUGGGGAGGCAUUGAGUUGCUUUAGAUGGUUCCAAAUAAUGUUAGCCUCACGUAUGUUUCUCCAUUCCUAAUUUCCCCCAAGUCAGGGGCAAAGCUUCCCAUGUCCGAAGCUGAUAUUUAACAGGGACCAGGUAAGUGUUUAA